GGGUGGACACUGUCUGUGGUCGCUGUCCAAACCAUAGGAGACUACAGGGACAAUUCAUUUCUGUUUAAAGGACUGCUGUUGACUCUGGAAUGUUGACAUUAGCUCUCUGCUGAGAGGACGCACUGAGGCUCCGAGACCACACAACCUAUGGUUAGAACCCACAGGUUCAGGCACGAUGUGACAGAGCCAGGCCACUCCCUCUGAAGUAGUCUACCGACUGAGGUGACUAUCGGGUUUGAAUCCAUGACUCCAUGAUGAGUACACAUGUAGUUACGGGAGACGGGCGAGUGCUGUCAAGGGCUGAGUUCUUUUCAUUGCUGAACACGUACAACUGUUUUCUAAAAGAUAAGACACAGCAGCAUCUUAACUUCUAUGAGAGAGAUGGAGAUGUGGUGUUCGAGGGCUUCCUGAAUGUCUCCUGGGGAGUACGGCGGCCCAUCAGGCUCAAAAUACAGGAUGACAAACAACAACCGAUCACCAGCCUACUGUCACCUGACCCAGUCAGUCCAAUCAGUCCUCAUGGAGGCAAGAGGGGAAUGACUCGAUGGGGGGAGUUUGAAGACCUUCAUCAGAUCAACGAGAUAGAUGAGAACAACAAGCAGGAUCCUGCAGAGGAGACCAACAACUACACUACAGGGAGCUACAGGAGUUAUGAGAGUACUACACUGCGUCCCACCCCCACCAAGCAGAAGACGGCGGUGGAGGAGGAGCAGUCCAACCUGAUCCGCUGUAUGAGUGAUGCUUCCCUGGUGAAGAGGAGGGUGAAGAGGAGUCCCUCACAGAGAGAGAGGAACAGGAAACAUUGCUUCUCCAUCAAUGGACACUUCUACAACUACAAGACAUCUAUAUUCACCCCAUCCUAUGGAACAUCCACUAAUGUCCGCAUCAACAGCAAAAUGACAACACAUCAGGUCAUAUCACAGCUCCUUCAGAAAUUCAAGAUAGAGAAUGAUCCUAAUGAGUUCGCCCUCUACUGUGUUCAUCAAAGCGGAGAGAAGAAGAAGCUGUCUGAUUCAGACCUGCCACUGUGGGAGAGGGUUCUCCAGGGCCCAGCGGAGAACAUCAUGAAGAUGUUCCUCAUGGACAGAGAUGAAGAGGAAGUCAGCAACGAUGUGGCCCAGUACCUAAACCUGGAGCUGCCCAUCCUGGAGGGGGUUCUAGUGAAGCUGAAGGAAGAGGAGAACAGAGAGGUGCAGAGAAUCAUCACCAAGUUCAACCAGCAGCAGAUAGUCCUGUCUCAGUUUCUCAGCUCCAAGAUCAUCAAGACAGAGACAGAGGUGUGAGGCCUGGACUUUACACAACACACAGACUGGACUUCACACAACACACAGACUGGACUUCACACAACACACAGACUGGACUUCACACAACACACAGACUGGACUUCAUCCAACACACAGACUGGACUUCACACAACACAUACCAGAACAACAGUACACAGAAUACAUGAGGGGACAGACUGUUUUGGGAAAAGGAUGUUCAAUAUUAAACUGAUACUGACUGCGUCCCAAAUGGCCCCCUAUUCCCUACACAGUGCACUACCUUUGACCUUUGCACUGUAUAGGGAAUAGGGUGCCAUUUGGGACCUAACCAUACUACACCAUUAUCUAAACCUGAAAGAUUGCAGGAGAAAACAGAUAUCCAGGGAAGAUGUUGUUCAAUGUUUACCUGAAACUGGUGUCAAAUUACACAGCAGAUGAUGAUGAGUGAUGAACUGGAAGCAAAAAGUAGAAAAAUAGGAAAAGUUAACUAUGUAAAUAUUUUUCUAUGAACCUGAUGCAUCUAAUAGAAAGCCCUUUUCGUACCAGAAAAAGUAGUCUUCCCUCCACCUAGACAGCUAGCUCCUGUUUCUGUAAUACAUGCUAAGACAACACAACAAACAGAUGCUAGCUAGCUCCCAGUUUUUACAUUGGUUUGUUACUAUUGAAUCAUGAAGUGAUUCAGUCAUUUUUCAUCAACACGCGGCUAGCGGAGGCAUUAUGAUCAAUAACAUCAUGGCUGGAACGCAUCUUUGACCAAUCAGAUUGCUUGGCCCGGACUAACUUUUUAAUAAGCCCUAUAAAGUGAUGGUCUGAUCAUAUAUAAUUACCCAAGGACAGCGGCGGCGUCGUUUACAAUGGGAGCUCCCUCCGGAUGCUUCAGGUUUUUAUCCCAUGUGACCCAUCUGGAGGCCGUACAUUGAAUUUCGGCUUCCUGCGAUUACAGGAGGUGACUUCAUUGGGAGUCGUAGGGGCUGUUUGAAGGGUUCAAAACAUUUUUUUACAUAUUUGUGACCAGGGGACAGUUAUGAAAUCUGAAGUCAAUCUGCCCAAAAGGAUUAUUGACCUCCAUUGGAUAGAAUGGUCUAACAGUACUAGAGUGGUCUGUCUGUACUUCUUAAUAAAACGUUUAUUGCA